UCCCAUGAUUUCCUUGCGUCUGACUAUACGAGAUUCGGUCAAAGACUUAUCUUUUUGUGGAGAUAAGCGAAGCCAUCUCUCAUUCUGACGGAGACGGAGACCAGCAAGCUCCUCGUCAAAAAAGUGUUCCUUAAAUUUCACAAAUUCGAAAUAUUUCCACCGAGUUUGCAUUGAGAAAGAGAGCAGAAUGACGCAAGUGAAGAAAGCUGGAAAAGUUGAACCACGGUUGAAAAUUGUAGAGGAGCAUAAAACGCAGGAUUUGACGAGUGAAUGAUUUUUUACUUCUGGACACACCCCCUCGCCCAAAUUUUAAGAACCAGUCACAGGUAAGAUUGCAUUAUUAUUAAUUUUCAUCGCAGUUGGAGAGGAUGGAGGUCAACCACACGCACCAAACGUUGCUCGGAGGACAGAAAGCUCUCGUCCCCACGACAGAUAAAGUACACACAGGAGAAAGUUUUCAGAAAAACGGACGACUUCCUCCUCAGCAGAUUCACUCCGUUAAACCACAGCUGAAAGAAGUUUGCUAACAAUUUUCGUUAUCAUUUUAAUCACGAACAUUUUUAUUUACUAAAGUCAUUGUGUUUUAUGUAAAACUCUACUCGCUCAUAUUUUUUCAUGUGCCAAUAUAAAUGCGACUCUGUAUAAGGGCAAAUAUCGCUAAGACCUCACCAAGAGAUGUACGCAUUUUUAUUACUAAUUUAAUUUAAUCUCUUUAGAGAGUCACGGAUUAAUCUGACUAAAUUUAAUUAUAUUUUUGGUAAGAAUGCAUCCAAACUAUUCGAACACGUAGAUACAAUUCAUGCAAAAUCCAUGAGCACAAAUUCAUGGAACUAAAACCACAAUGCAAUUGAACAAAGUCCAAAGUGGGGGCGCCGGGUGGACGGACUGAGAACCAAUCGAGAGCACGUUUCCACAUUUCCACGUUUCCACAAUGCACGAAAAAAUACUGAAAAAUCCAACAAGAAAUGAUUAAGCACGAGAUAACCAAUUAAAUAACUAUCCAAAUAAAUACAUAUUGAAGACUAUUUUAUAUUUUACGUUACACCGUAAAAUUUACUAAAGUUAAAAACUCGCAGUUAUUAACUCCAAAAGUUCUGCAAGUUUGGUUUAGUUAUAGGAACAGAAGGUGAGGACAAAUAUGGCGAAAGUUGUGGAUUUGACUAGUAAAAAUCGGCACCCCAUGACGUUGCGGUCAGCUUCUUCACGAGAGGACUCGAAAGAAGUGCCUGUUGACCUCAACACUGCCAUGUCUAAAGCCCUGCAGAAUCCUUUGGUACUCGACCUUAUCUUCUCCAAUCUCGGCCUCCCCGACCUGAAAACUUCUCGUCUAGUGUGUCCUGAGUGGGCCGACGUCGGCACCACUUUCUUAGGAAGAAGGGCUCUUCUCCAUCUCAACAAGCUUUUUUCCUAUGAGGGGUCCGAACCAGCCAAGAUGACCCCUGUUAACGACAAGCUGAUGAGGCGCCUCCUCAUCUCCGACAAGUUCGACUCGUCAAUUCCGACAAAUAAGAAGGCUGACGUCAUUACAAGAGCUCUCGCCCAAGUAGAUGGUGUGUCCGAACUAACUAGAGAAAUUACAUUCCUAGUCGGCCAAAAGGAAUUAGUCCUCGCUUUCCUUAAAGGAAUAAGGAUGUUGGGGUCCACAAACAUCCAACACGUUGCAAUCAUCAGGGCCUGGAAAGCCGAUAGCGUCGACUCAAUUCCACCACAAGCUAUCCAACUGCUCCCCCCUCAACCUAACUUGACCUCGCUCAAGUUCCAGAUUCAUUCUGACUUUCAAUAUGACCGCACCACCGGCUGCAAAGAAUUUCAACCCCUUCUGCAAAUCUGGCUCAAUUCUGCGCCCAAUUUGACCAGUUUGGACGUCGCGACGUCUUUCUAUCCAAACUUGGAGGCCUGCACAAGUCUUAUAGUGCUGAAAUUUAAAUUCCUUAAGUGUUGCGAUGAGCAUUACCGUCACCUCAAUGUGACCAAGAUGCUGACACAAGUUAAGGAUUCCUUAAUCGAGCUGGAAUUGUGCCAUUAUGUGACUGACUAUGUUUCCUUGCAGCAGAUCCAACCUGCUGAGGAGGUUCCCGUGAUGUCGAGACUUACCUCGCUCACCAUCCAUGCCGAAAAGGUUUACGAAAUUCACGACUUUUACAAUGAGAAGCGCUUUCCAAAAUUAAGAUCCAUCUCUCUCCGAACCGGAUUCCAGCCGUCAUCGUUGUUAAAGCAUCUAAAUUUGUGGAUCCCACACAGAGGAGUGAAAUCUGUCACGUUGAUCCUGGAUUACUACUCUUGGGAGGUGCAAGAAUUCGGGGGGAAAAUGAUCAAUUUGUUUCCCUCUGUUAAGGAAUUCGAUUUGAGGAUGGGUCUGACAUGUUUUGCUUUCCCUUUGCACCUACCGGAGAUGUUUCUUGAGGGCGAACCAGUUUGGAGGUCUACCGCCAUCCAGAGGUUUAUGGAACCGUUCCAAAUGUGGGAUUUGAAGCGGGUCAACGUUUCUUUGAGAUUGCCGGAAUCCGCCUUGUUGAUUAAUGCCCUCCAAGCUAUCUCCGUUUUGAAAGGAGUUAAAAGAGUCCAGUUCUUCUUCCGUUGCAUCUACAACACGAGGGUUAAUUUUUCUGCCAGUCUUGUGCAAGAUGUCAUCUUGCACAGUGGAGCAUUCAAAAGCGUAGAAAUUACGAUACAUGAGAUGGCACCGGAAAUCGUAGAACAACUACAACUCAUCGUUGAAGCCAGUGGUGCGCCCAUCCGUUUUAUCGGAAGGAGUGAAUGAGAAUUAAAUGGGAUAUAUUAGUACAUAAUAAUUACUGCCUAAUUUAAUGAGCCUAAUGAGCUUCUGAUUUAUAAAAUAACUUAUAGUAGUACCAUACUUAGAUUAUUAAGUUGUAAGCAUGAAUUAAUAAUACUCUAAACUAUAUAAAGCAGGCGAGUGUAUCGCUGCUGGCUGGGUCGGUGGCUUAGCUGAGAAGUUAGCCUCUCCUUUUCUCUCCACUCUGCAGAGAGAACAGGAGAGGCUAACUUCACUAAUGUUGGGGUAACGGGCUUAUCGACGGGCCUAUUUUGCACGUCGAUUGAACGGCUUCUACAGUAGUACAACAUUAAUACAAAAAAACCUAGUUGUUUGUACCGUUUUUACCACGACGAUUUAUUAUUCGAUUCUACUAGUUAGAUUAGAUUAGAUGCUUUAAAAAAUAUAUAAUGCUAUUUGUGUCAGUGUUAACCAAGGUGUGUAACGAAUUGAUCUCUGUUGCCAGGUAAAUAAAGUCUUAACAACAACAACGA